AUCAAAUGAAGAACUAAUGAUUUUCUCAAAGUAUAUUACUAGUACAAACAAUCAAAUCAAAUUGCACCACUCCAAUCUUUUACUCUUCCUACUUCCAAUUCCCAUAAUCUCUCUCUGCCAAGAAUGGAGAAGCAAGUUGGGAUCAUAGGUGCUGGAAUCAGUGGCCUCAUUGCUUGCAAGUACAUGAAAGCAAAAGGGUUUCAUCCAAUUGUUUUCGAGGCCACAAACACCAUUGGAGGAGUAUGGACCAAAACCUUAAACUCCACAAAACUCCAAAGUCCCAAAGUGAUGUACCAGUUCUCAGAUUUUCCAUGGCCAUCUUCUGUAACACAAGAUUUCCCUGACCACAACGAGGUGCUAGAUUAUAUCAAACAAUAUGCCCAGCACUUUGACCUGAUUAAGCACAUCAAGUUCAAUACUCGAGUUGAGGGAAUUGAGUACCAAGGAGCUUCCAUGGAAGAGAUCCAAGCAUGGCAUCUAUGGAAUGGAACCGGUGAGGCUUUCAGCACAAGAGGAAAAUGGAAAGUAUCAGUGACGGAUACACAAAACGGUUUAAAUUCAAUUGAGGUAUAUACAUUAGACUUUGUGAUCCUCUGCAUAGGAAGGUUCAGUGAUGUUCCAAACAUUCCAGAAUUUCCUUCAGAUAAAGGACCAGAGGUCUUUGGAGGCCAAGUCAUACACUCAAUGGAGUAUGCUUCUAUGGAUUCUCAAACUGCAACUCAGUUCAUAAAAGGGAAGCAAGUCACUGUCGUUGGAUUUCAGAAAUCUGCUCUAGACACCGCAAUGGAGUGCUCUACAGUAAAUGGUGUUGAUCAUCCAUGCAGAGUGCUAUACAAAACAGAACAUUGGAACCUUCCAGAUUACCUGCCAUGGGGUAUUCCUCUGGCUUAUCUAUACCUUAAUCGUUUUGCUGAGCUUAUGGUUCAUAAGCCCGGCGAAAGCUUCUUCCUGAGUUUGGUUGCCACUCUUCUUGCACCUCUGAGAUGGGUGUUCUCAAAAUUUGUUGAAAGCCACAUAGAUAGGAAACUUGGGUUAUCAGAGGUUGGGAUGGUACCAAGUCAUAGCUUUCACCGAGAAAUCAGCAAUUGUUUGAUCUCUACUGUCCCUGAUAAGUUCUUUGAGAAGGUUAAAGAGGGAAGUAUUGUAUUGAAGAAAGCUCCAAGAUUUUGGUUCUCCAAAGAAGGUGUUGUGAUUGAUGGAGAAGCCUCUCCUCUAAAGACUGAUUUAGUAAUAUUAGCUACUGGCUUCAAGGGUGACAUCAAACUCAGAAACAUAUUUGUGUCUCCCACUUUCCAAAAUCUCAUACUUGGCUCUCCAAAUUCAACUGUUCCAUUAUACAGGGAAUGCAUCCAGCCAGAAAUCCCACAAGUGGCUGUGAUUGGAUUCUCUGAAAGUUUAGCAAAUUUGUAUACAUCAGAAAUGAGGUGCCGUUGGGUUGCAGAGCUUGUGGAUGGAACAUUCAAGCUACCAAGCAUUGAGGAAAUGAAGAAAGAUAUAACAAAAUGGGAUGAAUACAUGAAGAGAUACUCAGGGCAUUACUAUAGAAGAUCAUGCGUAGCUGCAUUGCACAUAUGGUAUAAUGAUCAACUAUGCAAGGACAUGGGUUGGAACCAUAGAAGGAAGAAAGGCAUCUUUUCAGAGCUAUUUCAACCUUAUGGUCCUCUAGAUUAUUCUUUUUAAAUGCCUUCACUUUCACAUAAAAUAUGUGUAAGUUUGAUUUAAUUCAAUAAUUUUAAGAGAACAUUUUCAUUGAUUUAA